GAACAGUUUCACUUUUUGGCGCGAUUUGCACCAAUGGUAAUCUGGUCGCAGGAGCCGUUUCAUCACUGCGAAUUGUGCGGAAGAACGCUUGUUUAGUGAAGUGAUUUGCCGUUACGAUGCGACGUGUGCACUAAGGACUCGCGUCUGCAUUUUGCCUGCAACAUGAAGAAGAAAGUUGGGUGUGACAGUGAUGUCGACAAAACUGAAGCUCAAAAUGGACAUUUGCUGCACAUUCCUACUGGCUCGGACUCGACAUCAAAUGACAGUGACAGCAGCGAGAAGGGAACGCGUUCUGAUAGUUCAACACCAUCAGGCGUCUCCCCGAAUGAAGGCUCCGUUCAGCGCAGCAAAUUCGGAAGAGUGCGAAAACCAAACGUCAGCCCUUGCAUGGAAUACACUCCUCUAGUUCGAAGGUAUUCAUCGCACAACCGCGAGAAAUCGAGAACACCGUCUCGCAGCCCGCCGUCCCCAUCGCAUGGUCGCGAGACGCCGACAGGCGUCUCGACAGCAGCGAGCGAGAAAUUUAAACCUACCGAGUCUCCGCAGUAUCUCGUGGGAGACUUGCUCUGGUCAAAAAUAGGCCAUCAUCCCUUCUGGCCUGCUAUGGUUUCAUUUGACCCAGUGAAUGGAAUAUACACGAAAGUGAUCAGGAAUAAACAUCGCAUCUACCACGUUCAGUACUUCGGAGAUGCGGCUCAGCAUGGCUGGACGCAGCCGAAUCGCGUGCUGCCAUUUGAAGGGCUCGACAAGUUCGUGGCGCUGGGUGAUUUGGAACGCGCACCGUAUGCCGUGCCCCCUCGCAAGCGAGAUGCCUGGAUGAUUGCGGUUGAGGAAGCGGUUGCCGCAAUGGAAAUGACACGAACGCAACGCAAGCUUGAACUCACGUUUGAAUACUACGAUCCGCCCACGAAGAAGCUGAAGACUGCACAUCCGCCCAAUGAAAACGGCAUCGAUGAGAAGGCGAAAGAACAGCUGUGUCUCAUCUGUGAAGCAACCGGUGCCACGCUGACUUGUACAGGCCCAUGCAAGAUGAGCUUCCACCUGGAUUGCAUUGGCAUCACUCAACCGCCGGCGGCCUUUCUUUGUGACGAGUGCACCACUGGUGCGCACCCAUGCCUUGUGUGCAAAGGCACAGAGGACACACAGAAGUGCUCCAUGGAACGAUGUGGCACAUUCUACCAUAUGUCCUGCCUGAAAACUUUGCCAUUGCCAAUCAAAGAGGACUCACCGAUUUGCCCUCUUCAUUUCUGUCUGCCCUGCCUCCAGCAAAAGCCACGUGCAUUUAGCAUGAAAGGCCGGCUGUUACGUUGUGUGCAGUGUCCAUCAGCCUUCCACUCCGGGUGCUUGCCAGCUGGCUCGAGUACCCUAGGCCCUAGCUCCGUGGUGUGUCCACGACAUGGACCGCAGAACGCAGGCUCUGCUAUCAACGUUAAUUGGUGCAUGCUGUGCUCCAAGGGUGGGGAAUUGCUGUGUUGUGAGGGCUGUCCAGCUGCCUUUCAUGAGACCUGCCUUGGCCUGCAAGCAGCACCAGAAGGUGCCUUUUUGUGCCCUGACUGCCUUGACUGGAAGCAUCCAAAGUACGGCGACAUCCUUUGGGUCAAACUGGGCUGUUACCGCUGGUGGCCAGCCCAGGUGUGUGCACCAGCUGAUGUACCAUUGAAUAUUCAGGCCCUCAAGCAUGAGCCUAUUGGAGACUUUGCCGUGCGUUUCUAUGGUUCACAUGAUUACUAUUGGACCAAUCGGCGCCGGGUGUUCCUUUUUGAAGAAGGUGACAGUGGCAGCCUGAGUGCAAGCAGCAAGAGUGUGGCACGCCUUUUUGAGGCAGCUCUUGAAGAGGCCACACAGGCUUGGGAGGAGCAACGAAGGGCUCGUGAGCUGUGUGAAAAGCCAGCACCUUUCCGCAUGAUCCGCACCAACCGGGUUGUAUGUCCAGCAGCAGCCGUGCCUUCUGUUGCCGUACGUAUGAAAUCUAUCUGUACGUGCACCCCUCAGGACCCUUGCCGUGCCAAUUGCCUAAAUCGACUCCUUUUGUAUGAGUGCUCUCGCGACCUGUGCCCUGCAGGGCCUGAUUGUGAAAACCAGCGUUUUCAGAAGCGAACAUAUGCUCGCACUUCAUUGGUGCGGACACCUGGCCGUGGAUGGGGCCUGCUUACGAGUCAGGCUCUGGCAGCAGGUGAUUUUGUCAUGGAGUAUGUUGGAGAACUCAUCGAUGAAGAGGAGUGUGAACGACGGCUGGCAGAGCUACACAUGGAAAACAUCCAGAACUUCUACUUUUUGACCUUGGAGAAGGAUCGCAUCAUCGACGCGGGACCAAAGGGCAACAUGUCACGUUUUAUAAACCAUUCGUGCGAGCCAAACUGCGAGACACAGAAGUGGACUGUCAAUGGAGAUACACGAGUUGGUAUCUUUGCCAUUCGGGACAUUCCUGCAGGCACAGAGCUCACCUUCAACUACAACUUGGAGUGUCGUGGCAGCGAAAGAAUCACUUGUUCCUGUGGCUCCCAAAACUGCAGUGGAUAUAUUGGGCUACGGCCAAGACGACCAGCUGAAUGUGAAGGCAAGCUGAAGCACCGCAAAGGCCGUCAAGAGAAGGGAUCUGACUAGCGGUGCAAUAAAUAUAAUGCACUUGAGCACAAGCCCAAUGAUCAGAAUCAUGCCACUUGAGCGAUUGAAUGUGAUUGGAUGCAAUAAAU